AUUGUUGCUCGAAUUUACUUCGGUUUCUGUCCCUUACCGCUCCCUCUCUCACUCUGUCUCUAUCUCGUCACCCUCUCGUCGUCACCCAAAUACAAUUUGCCCGUCUACCGACAAUAGCUGACAUUGACUUGUCAAGUACGGAAAGACCCGAAUUGUGACAAUUUCCACAGGUGUCUUCUGCGGCAAUCACUGCUCCUCAGGCCCUUGUUCUGCACCAGACCGAAAAGUUCUCGACCCUUGACGACGCUCACAAUACUCGCGCCCGCUUCAUUUCCUACCUUACCGCAAGCCUCCCCUGCAAGAGUAUGAACGAUAUGGCCGUCACUACACAGUUUGCCUACCGGACACUCAAGGGUAUUGGUGUUGUCAAUGGUGCACCAGACUACGAGCCGCUUUCUGGAUUCGAGCGACCGGAAGGAAACCUCCGGUGCUGUUCCUAUUCCCCAUGCGGCCGUUAUUUUGCCUGGGCCUCGCCUGAGAAAGUGAACAUCAUCAAUGCCGAUAACGGUACAAUCGUUUCGACGCUCCCUGCUGAAAACGUUUUCGAACUUGGCUUUUCACCCUUGGGCACUUACAUCAUCACAUGGCAACGCUCUACCAAGGAUGAAAAUGGCGACGCUACUAAGAACCUCAAGGUGUGGCUGGUCAUUGAUGAAAAGGCAUUGGCAGAAGGGGUAGAGAAAGAGACUGUUGCUCGAUUUGUCCAAAAGUCCCAAACUGGCUGGAAUCUGCAGUACACCUACGAUGAGAAAUUCUGCGCGAGGGUGGUCACAAAUGAAGUCCAGAUUUACCAAAGUCAUGACUUGACCACUGUUUGGAAUAAAAUUCGAGUUGAAGGCGUCACCGACUUCGCCAUCUCUCCAGGCAAGAGCCAUACUAUUGCUGUCUUUGUGCCUGAAAGAAAGGGACAACCAGCAGCCGUUCGAGUUUACAAUGUGCCGAACUUCACCGCUCCGGUGUCUCAGAAGAACUUCUUCAAAGGUGAUAAGGUCCAGCUCAAGUGGAACGACCACGGUAGUUCUCUGAUUGUGCUGGCGCAAACAGAGGUCGACAAGACUGGCAAGAGCUACUACGGAGAGACUACCCUGUAUUUGCUCAGUGCCAAUGGUGGUUUUGAUUCGAGGAUCGAUUUGGAUAAGGAAGGCCCCAUACACGACGUGUCUUGGUCGCCCAAAUCGAACAGCUUCGCUGUGGUCUACGGUUACAUGCCGGCGAAGACGGUCAUUUUCAAUUCUAAAGCCCAAGCAGUCCACACUUUCCCCCUCGGCCCGCGAAAUACUGUGUUGUUCUCUCCACACGGUCGCUUCGUCCUCGUGGCCGGCUUUGGAAACCUUGCUGGACAGAUGGACAUCUAUGAUCUGGAAAAGGAUUUUACGAAAAUCUGCACGAUUGAGGCGAGCAACGCGAGUGUGUGCGAGUGGUCACCAGAUGGUGUGCAUAUCCUAACAGCGACCACUUCACCUCGUCUCAGAGUCGACAACGGCAUUCGCAUCUGGCAUGCUGGGGGCAACCUCAUGUUCAACGAGGAUUUGAACGAAUUGUAUCACGUAUGCUGGCGCCCCCAGUCAGCAUCGGCGCAUCCGCUGAGUGAUAAUCCUUUGUCUCCCAUGCCUGUACCGCAUAGCAGUGCCACCCAAUAUAUGGCAGCGAGAAAGACGCCUAGCAAGCCGGCAGGUGCGUACAGACCACCGGGUGCUCGAGGCCAAGUGACACCCUUGGCUUUCAAGCGAGAGGACGAGGGAGGGGUUGCUUAUGUCCGCGAUGGGAUCUCGUCAUUUUCGAGCAACAUCAACGGAUUUGGCAAAUCUCGUUCACGCGUCGUUCCUGGUGCCGAGCCUGCCGAAGAGAACGCACCACUUCCGCCCGGUGCAGCUCCAGGUGGCGGUGUGAGUCUGACCGGCACCGGAGAAGGAGCCGACGGAGAACCUUUGUCCAAGGCGGCGAAGAAGAAUGCAAAGAAACGAGAAGCAAAGAAAGCGGCAGCUGCAGCUGCACGCGAACAAGGCACCGGUAACAGCAACCUUGCUCCGGAGCAGAACGCAAGUAGGAUUAAGAGUCCAAGUCGGAGUCCAGAUGGUCGCGGUCACCAACGAAGCCGAAGUAGGAAUUAUGUGCCGGCUCCUGGCCUUGAGCCGCCAGCUGGAUCCAAGAAGGAACGCAGUCGAAGCAACAGCAGACGUCAACGUGGAGACAUUACGAGCUCGGCACACAACCAUCAACACACCAAUGGUACGGCCAAAGGAACACCAAAUCAGAAGGGUCGAAAUGCGAAUGCGCCAAUGAACAUCAACACAUCUGCACAAAUCCCCGUUCCUCCACCAGUUCCGCAAGGAGAAGAACCGCCUGAGUUGGAGGUUACGAGCCCACUGACGCCGGGAGGAAACCCACAAGACAAGAAGAUUCGGGGUUUGUUGAAGAAGAUUCGAGCCAUUGAAGAUCUCAAGAUGCGAUUCGCUGGAGGCGAAAAAUUGGAGGAUACGCAGGUUCGUAAGAUCUCGAGCGAAGAUGGUGUCAGAAAGGAGUUGGCUGCUCUGGGAUAUAUUGGCUAAUCCGGUCGACGCUAAACAUACUGAUAAUGGCCGACUGAUUGCAUGGUCUACUGCUUGCACACGUCAACCACUGCUCGGUUUUUCGCAGCGCGGGACCGAACUGCAAGUUCAUGCAAGGCCCCAAAUAUGAUGGAUGGCGGCUGCGUGAAAGGGAUGGCAAUUGUUCUUCUGCGCACUGUGUCAAGGAUCGCAGGCCGAUGAAUGGAAGGGUGUUACAAGCCUGCGUUUGUUUUAUCACAUUGCGGGCGACUUGGGGUCUGUCUAUCUGAGCACGUUGGCAGAAUGGGGCGUGUGGUUCAAAAGGACCUUUCUUGCAUAGCGUCGGACAUGGUUGUCUCGACGAUGGUUACCAGAUAAAUCUUGUUCAGGUAUGUGGCGAGGUGGAAGGUGAACGGACGAUUCUGUGCCGUAAAAAGUCUAUAUACCCCAGGUGCAUGAAGCAAUAGAGAUUGUGCAAUUGUAAGCC